GCCUUCCUCAUACAAGUGGACGCUGUACCCCAACCCAUGUAGAAGGACAGAGUGGCCUGCUUCAACACCUGAAGCUCCGCAUGGCGGCCUUGCAGCUUGGCUCUAAUGCAGGAAAUGGACAAUAUAGAGAACCUCAAGUGGAGUCUCGUCAUAAUGAAGACUCUGAUGACCCUAGAACGCCAUUGCUUCCCCAAUAUCGAGAUCACAGCGGCCGGUUUAAAGAAGGGUUAAGCAAUCUUGCACGAUCUUAUGGACUUGUCGGGAGCGCCGUGCGUGCCGGGAGUCAACUCUUUACAAAGUCAACCAUCAAGGCGAGUAUCACCUAUAGUGUGGCCACGUUAGCCACAUUUUCUCAAUAUUCGAAUGAGCACCUCCAAGGAGCGAGCUACCUGUUCGCCACGGCUGUGUUAUACUUCCAUCCGGCUCGAUCGGUUGGAGCAAUGGUUGAGGCCCUGCUAUGUUGCAUUGUCGGUCUCACUGCUGGGUUUCUGAUUGCAUGGGGUUGUUUACAUCUCGCCUUAUAUUAUGAAGAGGAGGAAAAGAAUGCCAUGGAAGCUCACAUAUUUGCGUUAACAACCUUAUCAUUGGUAACCUUUAUCCUCGCAUUCAUACGCGCCAAAUUCGGAGUCAGCCGACCUGCCAUAGGAACAGGUUGCACUAUAACGCACUUGCUCACGUUUAUUGUGAUCACCCAAAUGGCUUCAGAGAAGUCGCUGCUUCUUCUAUCGGAAAAGAUUAUGCGAGUUUCAUUUGCGUUGUUGGCUGGGACAUGUGUUAGCUUUCUUGGAUGCUGUCUGCUGUGGCCAAAAACAGCGGCUUCCGUCCUGCGGCGCGACAUUUCCAGCAGCCUGAGCAAUUUAAGUUGUUUCUUCGACGUUUUGUCAAACACCUUUUCUUUAACAUCGCCCCAAAUGACGGCACUGCAAUUCCCAUCUGAUUUGUCAAAGCAAGCAUCCAGUGUAGACUUGGAGACUAUCGAAUCCCAACAUGAGAGAUUGGAAAUGCUCGUGGAAGAGCAUCAGGCAAUGCUCCUUCGGAUGGACACACUCCGAUAUGAGGUCUCAUUUGAACCAACGACCAGCAUGUAUCUCCAUCGGGCCAAGUACCAGGCCAUUUUUGAGUCUGCUGAGAGACUCAGUCAGCACCUGGGCGGUCUGCAGUCCAGCAUUGUACGGGUUGACACGAUCAUCACCCAAGAUGCUGACAAUAUGGCCCUUCUGGAGUUCAUGGAAACGAUGGGUGAUUCCUUACGCCAGGUUAUUGUCGUGUGUAAGCAGAGCCUGUCCUUGAUUGGCACACUGUUUGCGGCGCCAGCACAGAAUGGCCAAGACGCUGACAUCAUCCUGCCGGCUUUACGGGACCUUGCUGCUAGAUUGGCAUCCGCAUUGGACACUUUUGAUGCGACGCAACGUCGAGUUCUCCUUGAAAUCUAUAAACAUGUCCAUGAGGACGUUUUCCUGGUGUUCUUUUUUGUGUUUGAGCUACUGGAGAUAGGGAAGGAACUAAUCCGAUUGGUAAAUGCGGUGGGCGAACUCAAACGGGAGGUUCUGGAACGACGACGAUUAGGAAAAGUUGCGUGGUUCUGGCGAGCCAUUCAUCGCUCGGACGCUCAUGAUCAUGUCCCGGUUUCACAGCAUGCAAGGGCACGUUUCGGCCGCACAAUGACCGGUUUGCAGUCAGCCCCGCAACCGCGUGAUCAUGGACUUCCACGAUCCGUAUCUUUACCCGCGACAGCCAGACUUCAACUUGACAGCCCUCGUACAGUUAACUGCUCUGUGCGUAUAUGGACGUUUUUCUCCUCGCUCAAAAAGUUUGAAGUCCGGUUUGCGAUCAAAACGGCCGUUACGGUGGCGUUGUUAGCAUUACCCGCUUUUCUGGAUUCCACUCAAGAGCUUUUUUAUGAGUACCGCAUGCAUUGGGCGUUGAGUACGUUUGUUGUUGUGAUGACUCCAUCAGUGGGAGGCACUAAUGCAGCGGGCUUAUGGCGGAUUUUGGGGACAAUUGGAGGAGCCCUAACAGCUUUGGUAGCGGGUAUCCUUUGUGCUGAUAAUCGCGUCGCGCUCUUCUUUGUAUGUGCCGUGGUUGCCUUGCCUUGCAUGUUUGUCUUCUUGCACACAAAGUAUCCCAAAAUUGGUCAGAUCUACCUUCUUACCUUCUCCAUCAUUAUUCUCAACGACUAUGCGGGAAAAGUGGAUCCGGUUACUGGAAAGGAUUACUCUAUCUACGAGAUUGCAUUUCGCCGCGGAUUCGCUGUUGUCGUUGGCUGUGUCGUCGGGUUAUUUGUCUCUUGGUAUAUCUGGCCAUUUACUGCUCGAAAAGCGCUACGAGUUGGUCUCUCGAAUACACUAUUUGAUAUGGGCCUCCUAUACAGCAAGCUUGUCGGCUUCUUCGAUACAGUAGAUGAACCAACAUCUCACGAUCUACUCGAGUUUCUUGAAGAUGAACUUGCGCUGCGGAUGUCGUUGGCAGAGUUGCGGGUUCUUCUCGGCCAAACGGUACACGAACCGAGACUAAGAGGCCAGUUCCCAAGAAGCGUUUAUGCGAAAAUGAUCGACGCCAGCGCGCAGAUCUUGGAUAAGUUUGUCUCCAUGCGAAUCGGAGUGACCAAGCGGAGAUUUGCCCACAUUCGGUCCGAUUUUAUUGCGCCCGUAGAGCCCAAACGACGCAAAAUGAUUGGAAGUAUGUUGCUGUACUUUUAUAUUCUUUCAGGGGCCUUGAUUCUGCGGUACCCGCUACCUCCGCAACUUCCGAACGCACGAGACUCACGCGAUCGCCUAAUCGAAGCCAUUCGCGCCCUGCCCGUGAUUCAGCCCAGGCAUGUGGGUAGCCAGGAAGACCCCAUUUACAUUUAUUACUAUAUGUAUGUUUUGGGAAUGGAUGAUGUGAUUGCAGAACUCGAAGUACUGGGACAGUGUUGUACAGAGUUGUUUGGUGUCAUGGCGUUAGGUGAUAUGGGCGACGAAUGGAGAAAUAAGUGGGGUGACAGAGAUUAGGUAUACAUAUGGUUGAACUUUCUUCAGCGACGGCCAUGUAUGUAGCUGAAAGUGUAGAUACUUUACAAGUUAAUAAGAAACACAAGUUAGAGGACA